UGCUAGCCGUCGGUGUGUGUGUGUUGUUGUUGAAGCAAUGAUGGCGGCAGCGGGAUGCGGAUCAGCAACCGCGGCUGCCGUAGGAGGCCAAGGUGGCACCGCUACGGCCAGAGGCCGCUUCCCGGGUCGGCCUUGGUCGUCUCGCAGUCGUUUGCGCUCCGAAAAACGGUGGCAACUCGGACGUUCAGGACUAGAAGCUGAAGAUGUUACCAACGGAGGCCAAAGGCCCCCAAACCUGGUCGUGUCGUUAAACGAAGACCAGUCUCACUUGCGCUUACUUGGUAUAGAAGCAAGUCACAAGAUCCUUGGCCAGGCUGGAUACAGCUCCAGUGGGAGUGAAGAGGUGAGGUCUCAAACCGACACACCAGGAGAUGACUUCCAAGGAUUUGAAGCUGAGCGAACAGGUUAAGGGCCUUUAUGUUCCAGAAAAAAUCCUUCAAAAGGUAAUCCUAUUAACACAAAAUCUAAGCUGCAAAGUGGGAAGGUACUAGUGAAUGCUCCAUUGGCAGAGGCAGCUAUUAUGACACCUGAUCCUGCAAAAGAUGUAAAAUCCCCAGAGGAAAUUCACGGCUUAUCUCCUGAAGCAGUGCCUGGAACAGGCCGUAGAAAAUGCUCUAAAGGAAGACAUACUGUCAACCAACCGUCCACUAAAAGUGGAGCCUCGGCUGCACCAAGGAUUACUAUAAAGUUGGUGGCAAAAAAGAAGAUGACAAAGGAGCCCCGUAAAAAAAUUGGAAAAAAGUUGAAGAUCAAUGAAGUGCAGGAUCAGUUACGAGUCAAUGACAUUCAGGGUGAUGAGAUCUCAAGCGUUCAAGUCAAAUUAAAAACUGAACCUCACGAUGAUAAAUAUGCAGAAGACAAAGAUGGGGGGGCUUCGGUUGCAAGAAGACGAAGAUCAGCUUCAAAGAAAGCAGAGCCUGGCUCGCAGGCUAACGCCAAAGUUGAGGCUGAUGACCAAAAAUUAAAAGAAGGAAAACCUCUGACCAACUUGACACUGUAAAGGUACUCUGUCCCUAUGGGACCAAAAACCUUUAACAAGAAAUUAAAGCAUGGGGAAGUUGCAGAACAAGUGUCUGAAGGUAGUCAGCCUGUGAUUCGUAGGAGCAGUAGAUUCAAUAACCCACCCUCUAAAAUACUGUCAGACAGUACAACUAAACCAGAAAAUCUCAGUAAAAAUGAUGUUGUAUUAGAAGAGUCAAAGUUAGAAAUUUCUCAAAUUAAAGCGGCAAAACCACCAACCAGAAGUGAUGGAUGUAGGCAAAGCAGGAGACUGAAAAAGGAUGUUGCGUUGUCAGAAACCUUUACUCCCUCAUCCACAGAGACUGAACGUUUAGCUGUUCAGCCCAGUGAUAGCUUGCCUUUGACAGAUGAGGAAAUGAUCCUCCCACGUUUAAAGUUUGUAAGGAUCAGAAACCCAAAGUAUGAUGCUCAAUCCACUGGAAAGAAUUCUACUCUAAAGAAAAAACGACGUAAAUUUGUGUGGACUUUAACAUUGGUGAAAGCAGUAAGUCAGACUCAGAGUAAUGACAGUACUGUCAAAGUGACAGAGAAGACUGUGACUGAAAUGGCUGAGUCAGAAUUUGGAGACAGCAGUGCCAGUACGAGGUUGAAAGGGACCAAUAAAAAAUCAGAAAUAGGUAACUCAGGCCCACAAGAUAGUAAAAACAAGAACAAGCGUACAAAGAUUUCCCAAAACAAGAAUGAAGUGCAUCCUCAAGGGGUCACCAAAAUGGAUUGUGGGAAGUUGUUCCCCUCUUCAGAUUAAAAAAGGUCUUCACCUAGUAAAUGUAAAAAAUCAAAGCCGUCAUUUUUGAUUCAACAGGUUGGUUCCGUGACAGAAAAAAAGAGGAUGUUUUGAAAGCUGUAAGUGAGUUAUCAAGGAUAAACACAUAGUCUUGAUGCUCAGGUCCCACCAACUCGAAGACUAAGGAGAAGGGUGUCCAGUCUUGAUUUGCUGCAAAAGGAGGAUGUUAGUCCAAACCAAUCGAAGACUCUGAACCGAAGGCUUAGAUCAAGAGUAAAAGACGAAGCUACUCCACAGGUGCAUGUUGAAGAUUCUUCUCAGGAUUCAUCUGAAAUUUCCAGCUCACAUAUGAGUGAAAUACAUUCCUGUGAAGAAUUUGAUAAGUGCUCCUCUCAGAUGAGUGUUGUAAAUGCAUCUAAAGUUCCUGAUAAAGUUUCCUCACAGACUGCUGAAGAACUCUUAGGGCUACCAGGUGACAGUUCUGCAAAUAAGGAGGAAAGUGAGGUGGCAGUGCAGAUCGUUGGAGGCCAAACGAUUACCUAGACUCUAAAACCUAGAAGUCGUCGAAAUAGCAGUUUAGGAAAAAAGAGGUCUUCCCAAAGGAAGAAGAAUUGUAUUGUUUCUCAGUCUGUCAUUAAUGCAAAUGUGGCUAUAGGCCAAGCUACAAAUACACAGUCUAUGCUCAAGGAAGAUAACAAUUUUUUGGUAACAGAGUCAGGUCAGUCAGAAGCAAAAACCUGUACCCAGACUGAGGCAAAAGGGUGCACUGUUUUAAUGCAAGGGGAAGUAAUGCCACCACCUUGUAAAGAGGAACCAGACAUUCAUUCAAUAGACAGUCAACAAUCUUUCAUGUUAGAAUGUUACGCAAAUGAUCAGAAUAAAUCAUUGCUACGAAGCAAAUCUUCCAAACAAGGAAAAAAGAGGCGUAAAGGUUUGACUGGGAAGCGUCAAAAACAUAAGCUCAGAAGCAAAGACGGGAAAUUUGCUCCACUGAGAUUAGCUGAAAGUCUGAAGCUUGCUGAGGGAGAUAAUCCAGAAUUGGAAUCUUCUACACCAGCUCCAAGGUCUAAACUCAUUGGGGUAGAUAAAGGGUACAGAAGAACACAGCAAGGCCUUAAAUUCUCUGGGUCUCAAAGAUCAAAGCCAUCGUCUAAAAUAAUUUCUAAGCUAUUAGAAAUUGGACUUGACAGUGCUAGUCUGAAGCAGGAGGAAACAGACACAUUAGUUGAUGGAGCACAAGCAGAUGUGCUCGACAUUCAGUCUGGUAAAUCAAAAUUUGUAAAAAACAUUAAGCACUUCAUUAUGCCUGUUGUAAGUGCCAGAUCCUCAAGAGUGAUCAAGACCCCACAAAGAUUUAUGGAUGACAUUGGCAUGUCAGUGUUGCCUCGAAGAAACUCUCCAAAGAAGGGUUUACAGCUGGGGCUGCAAAUACGCCCAGGAAAAAGACAAGAUGAUUGUAUAAGCAGGCCAAUAUCCCCCAUCCUGCCCGUCGAUGGUGAGGAUAUAUUGAGUGAAGCACAGUUGGAUAUCAAUUUGUGUUCGUCGCAGGAACUGGAAGACACCACGGACAUAGCUGACAGCUUCUUCUCUGAGAAGAAAUAUGGAAAAAGUGAAAAAAGGAAGUCUCUUCUGAGGAACCCAAGUCUUAAGUGGCAUCUGCCAGAAGACUCCUGCGAGAAAGUAUGUAGACUGGACAAAACUCCAGAGAAUAAAUGUGAAAAUGUAUAUUUACCCAAACCAGUUGAUAAUUCCACAAAAGCUUCUGCUGAUCUUCCAAUUGCUGUGAAACAGAAAAGCCCCCCCCUAUUUAAUAAACAAACUGCUCCACUGAAAAUAUAUGAAAGGCUCAAGAAGUUCCACACAGGACCUCUGAAGAGCAAAAACACAACAGAGAUGGAUACUGUUAAUAAACCUGUUCAAUCUCCCAUCGAUUUAGCAGAAGGGCUUGAUGACGAGGCCAUGAGUAUUAGCUUAAGGCAACGGACCACAGAAAAGGAGAAAUCCAAACUCAAAAUCGAAGACCUUGAUACACCCGGAGUGGUGAGAAAGGUUUCUGUGUGUGUGCGGGCUUUGAACACCAAGACACUUGCCUUUCAGCAGGAUAAAAUGGAAGACGGAGAAGCAACAGCAACUGCUCCACUUAACUCAGGAAAGCUGAAGUCAGGACAGAAUUUGCGUGUCAGCGAUGGCAAUUCCCUUCCCAUGUCUGUGGAGAAAGGUGCUUCUCAAAGAGCACGUCUCACUGGCGCAAAUAAAAGAAUGUUCAAUCUCCUCAGGAAAGCCAAGGUCCAGCUCUUUAAAAUUGACCAGCAGAAACAGCUCAAGUCAUCUGGGCUGUUAUCAAGCCCAUCUGGUACCAGGUCCAGAUAUGUGUCUGCUAAGAGACAGAGGAGGAAGCAGAGAGGGCAGCGCGACUCUGAUCUUCCAAUCAAGACUGAAGCACCUCAAGGUCAACCACAGCACAUCUCCCCUCUGUGCCAAGAAUUCCGUAGAGCAGGGGGCCCACGUAUCAAGCAUGUGUGCCGUGCUGCAGCUGUGGUCCUGGGGCAACCACGAGCCUUGGUGCCAGAUGAUAUUCCCAGACUUAGCGCCUUGCCGUUGCAUGAAAGAACUGGAAUUUCUCCUUCGGUCAUCCCCAAAGAUAUUGGCUCUCCUUCUGAAUCAGAUAGUCCGGGGUUGCCAGAACAAAAGUCCUCUAAGGUCAAGAAAUCAUCGACUUUGGUGAAACGGAAGGGACUUGGUCCAUUUGGGUAUCGCUCCCGGAGGUGUGGCAUAUGCAAAGGUUGUAACCGUGAGGAGGAUUGUGGCAGGUGCAUUAACUGUCUUGACAAACCCAAGUUUGGUGGUCCCAAUACAAAGCGACAGUGUUGUGUGUAUAAGAGAUGUGAUCAAAUUGAAGAAAGGAAAGCACGACGACUAAGCGGAAGAACAUUGCCCAAAGGUUCCUCUAAGCGCAGGAGGCCCUCUAUCAGUGGGGGCCAUUCAAGUAACGAGGAAGGGAACGACUGUGCUGCAGAUUCACCAUCUGGCCUCCAAGAUGAGAGCUACAGUCCGUCAGUAAGGAAGCAGCCAAAGCGUGUUGUGAAACCACGUGUCUACUUUGACUUGGUGGACUAUGACUCUGAUCUAGAUGACAAAGCUUUCUCAAGCUCAGUGUCACCAGCAAGGAGAAGGGGUCUCGGACCCCGUUUCAGUCAAGGUGCCACAGUGGGAUGCUGCCUCACUUCAUGUCAAAGCAACUAUCACUUCAUGUGUGCCCGUUCUCGACACUGCGUGUUCCAGGAUGAUAAGAAGGUUUAUUGCCACAAACACAAACAUCUAAUCAGUGGCAGGAUGAUAACUGGUCAAGAAUUUGAAGUAAACCGCAGGGUAUAUGUGGAUUUUGAGGGGAUUAGUCUUCGCCGAAAGUUCUUGACUGGGCUGGAGCCAGACUCGAUCAGUAUGAUGAUUGGUUCAUUACAUAUUGAAAACCUCGGUGUGCUGUCAGAGCUUUCAGCAAGCAAAGGCUGUCUCUUUCCCGUGGGUUUCCAGUGUUCUCGAUGGUUUUGGAGUACUGUUAACCCAUUGCGUCAAUGCAAGUACACAUGUACAGUCCGAGAGGUUCGAUCCCUUGUUCCUGAAAAACCUGUCGAGGAACUGCCUGAUCAAGGAGACAAUCACACGAUUGUUCAUAGCCCCAGUCACCCACUUGAAUCUGAAGCCCACCAGAUUUGCACAGUAGAAUCCCAAGCUUUAUGUGGAGAGACCAUCCCAAGUUCACUGCCUAAAUCUAAUCAUGGUGCAAGGCCAAAGAUGCCUAGCUAUCCCCAUACCAGGAGACCAGCUGGCGGAAUGUCCAGACCGCUGCCAUCCCCAGGAAUAACAGAGUUGAAACCUCACCACAUAUUAACAAUCAGCGAUCUGGAGGAGACUCGGCGAACACGUCGUCACACGCCACAUUCGCAAACCACUGGCCUCAACAGUCAUAUGCCCCCCCCUUCUCUGAGCCCUCUUACUAAUCCAGUCACUCUCCGCGCUGGAAAAUCUUGUCUCCCUACAUCCCCACUUUUCCCACUAGGUGUUGCUGACAGCCUGUUAACUUCUCCAUCCCGACCAGUUGGGGGUAGAAGUGCGUCCUCUGUUCGAUGCCCUGGUAAUACAAUGGCCCACUGUACCUCAUCUUUCUUUCCCCAGUCUACCUGGCCAGAUGGUGGGGGGAGUUUUACUUCUUCAAGUCUGUCUUAUUCCUCAAACAUCCAUUUACCCAGACCUCGUUUGUCAUUUGAUCUGAGCCAGCCAGACUCAGUGGAGGUACCACACAAUUUCUUGGCUUCACCAGAGCCAGAAGAUGUUUCGCCAGCAAACGGUACAUCACCCCAAGGGGAACUUGUUCUGCAAAAGGAUGAUGAAUUCCCUUAUGGUUCAUUUCACAAGGAACCUGGUAUAACUCUGGACACUGAGCUGAAGACAGAACUGGAAAUUGAAGAGACACUUGUUAAUGAAGGCAUAGAAAUUAACUGUGGUGGCCAGAUAGUGGUUGAAGGGGUUGAUCAUGAGGAAUUUUGGGGACGAACUCAAGAGGUACACAAGCGAAAAUCUCUUGUUGCCUCUCUACCACAGUCUGCAGCCUCAGCCAGGGAUGACUUGUGCACCACCUCAUCUGAUGAUGACAUGGAGCAUUAUUUUGACUUUUCACGGUCAGUAGUCAGUUGUCCUGCGUCCAAAGAUCAUUCCAGAUCUCCAUCCUCCCCUUCUUCCAAGCCUAUACCUCAGCUGGAUGGUGUAGAUGACGGGACAGAGAGUGAUGCAAGUAUGGCUACGAAUAAUGACAGUCAGAAGGUUCAAGCUCAGGUACAAGUAAAAACUCUAAACAGUAACAUUGAUGAUCUGAGUUUAAUGCAUAAAACAUCAUCCACUGUAUCUGUCACACCUUCAGCUGUCAGUAAAGCCACUACAGGUAGUUCAUCUCAAAAGCCUCUUAAAUCCUGUAAUUUAAGUCAGUCACCUGUUUUUGUCUGCCCACCAAAGUCCAGAGCCUUCCCACUCAAACAGCAAAGCUUUGUCUCUCAUACUGUACAUCAGGACAAUGCGCUUUCAUUGCAGGUUCAUGACACUCCACCUAGCACAGGUACCAAGGUGUCUGAAACUACAAAAUCAGAGACCGUUCAGAGUUCCAAUUUAGGAUUUCCCUCGGGGUCGUCCCUUACUCGUGAAAAAUGUAAUGAUAGCACCUUUUUACAUGGGAUGGUUCCUUUACAAGAAAGCAAAUCUGAAGCUCAUAAACCCCUCAUCUCAGACACUGGUAACAGAAACGUUGGAUCGACAAAUGAGUCUGCUGUCCACAUGAACCACUUGACAACGAAUGCAGUAAGGAGCUCAUUAGCAGAUUCUGCUGAUAGCUGUCAGGAUGCUCGUUUGGACCUUCUUCACCCAUCCCCUUUACUGUCCACAGAUGUAGAGAACUUUUCUCAGGGUUUUGUUGACUCUUUGCAGGUGUAUCCCUGUGUACCAGGUCUCACUCAGCCUCAUUUAGCAAGCAUUACACUGCAGCCAGUAGCGUCCUCACAAGAUUCAACAGCAUUUCCAGUCAUGGGAUCUGCUAAAGUAGCUGGACUCAGUCCUGUUACAGACUUGACACAAACGUUACUGAACGUUGUUCCACAAAAUGAUCCAGUGCUUUCAACUACGCCAAGCACAUGCCACUCAGUAGCCCCUCACCUAAAUGUCUCCAUACCGAUGUACUCCACACAAGCACAGCCACUGGGUUCAACUUCAGUAGCCAUUGUUUCUUCUUCCACGUUUGUAUCAUCCGUAUCUGGACAGGCAAGCCGGUGUUCAACUGCUCUCACAUCAUUUCAGACCACUUCAUCCAACGUGAUGUUAAAUGGUUACAGUGCUUCGUCGAUGCACAAAGAAGCUUCAUCUGGACACACGAUCUCCAUAAACUUUUCCGCACUGAGGCCAUCAUUAGAACCUCAACACCCAGCAGUUCCCCAGGUAUUACCUGGUCAUGCUAUUCUCACUGUGAAAGAAGUGGGUGGUCCAAAUGUAGAUCCUACACCGCAUGUUCUUCUGGUGAACCGACUUGGUCAGAUCUUUGUAAAGAACCCAGAAAGCAACACUUUCCAGUUGCCCACUCCCAACUCUCCUUCCUAUAACUGUGUCACUCAGAUUGCCAGCCUUUUGCAAAGUAAUGCACUGUCAGCCACAUUAGCAGCAGCAGGUAGCAUGACUGCUCCACCCCCUGGGGCCAGCAUGGCAGCAGCAGUUCCAACAGUCGUCACGCCUGGAGUUCACAGUUCAGCUGCAAUUACACAACUGCUCACGCACAAUGGUGCAGCUAAUGUUAAGAAGCCAAGAAAGAAACCAAAAACAUCAAAAGAUGAAGCUAUUUUAGACAUGAAAAAGAAGAAAAAGGAGCACAGUGCAUCAAAAAAAUCCAAGUCCUCCAACAUUUUAGAGCCGCAUUCACUGUCAGCUGAGAAUUCUCCUAUGACUGCUGCUCAAAGUGCCCAAGCAAUUAUCAAUCAGGCAAUGGCGAGUAACUACACACCCAAGUGGAGUGGGCUUCGAACCCUCAACCCUUCCUCCCUGGUCUUGCCCCCUGACCUGUUAAUAGAACCUGAGCCUCCAGUGUUGCCACCAUCGCCAACUCCUCCAUCCCGUCCUCGCACCCAUGUCCGCAUGAAGAGAGUAUCAUCGCAUUCAGACCGUAUCGUCACGAAAAAGUCUAAAGUGGAUUUCGUGGAACCAGAGCCCAUUAGUGAUGAAGAGGAGCACUGCGACCUGAACUAUCCAAGUAUCUCAAACAGGGUUUCAGGAGUCCGCAUCAAGACUCCAACUGUGAAAGGAGUGUUGAACUUGGAUGACUUAAAGGAGGAGCAUCUAAGUGAUACUGACAGUUCAGGUUCUGAGGCUUUGGAUUAUCUGUCAAUAUCUCGGGGCGACUCGAGCACACAGCAUGUGUGGGAACGUGUUGGACACAGUACCCUAACUGACUGGAAGAAAUAUUCUGGUGCUGCUUCAGCCUCAGAUGAUGAACCACCUUCAUCUGAUGAGAAUGAGCAAUGUCCAGCCAACAGAGAUCAGCCACGUUUACGGUUUGAGAUAACCAGUGAUGAUGGCUUCAUUGUCGAGGCAGACAGCAUUGAGGUGGCUUGGAGAGCAGUGAUAGAUGGUGUCCAGGAGGCACGGGCAAUCGCUAGGCUGAGACAUCUGACUUUUCAAAGGAUGACUGGUGCUCAGAUGCUGGGUUUCAUUCAUGAUGCUGUGGUAUUCUUGUUGGAGCAACUCGAAGGAGCGCACCGUUGUCAGCGCCACACCUUCCGUUUCUUUAAGCAGUUUAACCAGGAGGAUGACCUACCUGUCAAUCCCAGUGGGUGCGCCCGUUCUGAGCUCUACCUUCGGAAGUCUACAUUUGACAUGUUUAACUUCCUGGCAUCUCAGCAUAGACAGCUGCCUGACAUUGAGUUGUAUGAUGACGAAGAAGACGACGUUUUGCUGAAGUCCACAAGACGUGCUACUAGUUUGGAGUUGCCCAUGGCCAUGCGCUUCAGGCACCUGGAAAGGACGUCCAAGGAGGCUGUAGGUGUAUACAGGUCUGCUAUCCAUGGGCGUGGUCUUUUCUGUAAGAGGAACAUCGAAGCCGGGGAGAUGGUCAUUGAAUAUGCAGGCAUCGUCAUUCGUGCAGUGCUCACGGACAAAAGGGAAAAGUACUACGACGGCAAGGGUAUUGGUUGUUACAUGUUCCGUAUUGACGACUUUGACGUAGUGGAUGCAACCAUGCACGGCAACGCAGCACGAUUCAUCAACCACUCGUGUGAGCCUAACUGCUAUUCUCGCGUCAUCAACGUUGAAGGCAGGAAGCAUAUUGUCAUCUUCGCCCUUCGGAAGAUCUACAGGGGAGAGGAACUCACAUAUGACUAUAAGUUUCCUAUCGAAGACGCCAGCAACAAACUGAGUUGUAACUGCGGGGCCCGAAGAUGUCGCAGAUUCCUCAACUGACAGAUUCCCGAUGUGAACGGGGAGCGCCCUGUUUACUAGUAAGCCUUAAUUUGAGGUGACACUGGCUCAGGCUUGCAGAAGCACUGGUCAGUCUGCACAGCUGGGGAUUUAGCCACUAUGAGACUGGCUGGUAACAUUUUGUUGUAGGUGGCCAAUUUUUUUUGGGGGGGGGGGGGGGUGAAAAGGAGAAAUUGCACAGCAUAGUCAGUAACUUUUGAAAAGUGUCUUGCCUGCUUUGUUAACACUGGCCAAGGUACAUUCACUGCAGGUUAAAAAGAAAAAAAACUGGAGGAAGUGGUUUUUGUGUUCAUCAGAACACUAUUCAGAAUGGAUGUUUAUGUUUGGGGGUGGGGGGGGGGGUGGCAGCUGUAUGGAUGACAGAUAAAAUGUCUGAGACAUAUGUCAAGCCUUAUCUGUUUGGAUCAUUGUCAGCAGCCUAUAGCUAGAUGCAGAAAGAUUUCAUCAUGUGUUUUAUAUUUUUUAUUUUCCUGUAUUAUACUUGUAAUUGUGUUUGCUCCAUCCCCAUCCUUGCAGUGAAGUCAGGUUUUUGAGCCAUAUGUUAUUUUGUGCAUUUUAUCUUGCGUUUAGCAUUUCUCACCCUGUGGAGUUUUAUUUUUAUUUUUUUAUUUUUUUUCAAAUUACGACUGUGGUGCUAAGCUUUGGAACGUCUUUCAUGUCUUUGGUUGGAGUAGAAUGGGGCUGUCCAACCCUGCUCAUGAUUGGCUGUGCACACCUGAGUUAAUUACUGGUGGGUGGAGUAGGUUCCACAAUCAGGAAUCAUUUCACUGUUUGUUCAGCUGUCAUUCAUAUAUUUCUUAAAAUCAUGCACUUGAGAAGUAAUUUUUACAUUAAGAUCGUUUCACCCUCUAGAAUGCGGGUCUGAUAUUUUUCACAUAAUCUCUUCUGGUCUUCACAUUAAAAUAGUUAAUAUAGUUGUAACCAUUUCAGGCAGUAACAAAUGGUGUCAUAUUUGUAAAGACAGAACUUUUUUUCCGUCCUGAUGUACAGUGUAUGUAGCUAACACUACCCAAGCCAAAUGUUAAAAAGGUGGACAUAAUUUUUAAAAAAAUAUAUAUAUAUAUAUUUUUAUUACUCUCGUGGAAGAUGCUCAUUACUUACUGCAAUAAGACUUCAGCCUCCUACAUUUGCACAUACGUAAACAAGAAGUUUGAGUUUGUCCUGUAAAGCCCACGACAGUUUAACUCUGAAUCAUGAAGCACGUCACCACUGUGCAUUCUGCUCCGCCAGCGGACUUGUUAAAGUCGGACUGUAAAUGUUGCUGGACCGUGCGGCUGGAGAGAAUGCACCUUAAAGCAACACUGGUUCUUAUCUGGACUCUAUGCCAUCAGCGGUGAGGUACAAGAAAUUCGCAUUCAAAUAUUUAUACAGGUUGUGAGAUUUAUUUUCAUGGUCAGAGGUUGUGCUUUGUA